CGCUAUUCUCAACAUGUGUUGCAAGAAGAAGUCGAAGAUCAGUUCAAUCAGUCGAAGAUUAAAGUCUAUUUAAGAUGCUGCUGCCAAGUGAAGUUGUAGAAGUGAUCAAUAUUUUGGUUUCACCAGUUAAAGAUGAAAUAGGCUCAGAUGCUCCCAGUUUCAACAGAGCAUUGGAGAAAAACUUGACAGCUUUGGAAGAGAAACUUUCAUCACAGACUGAAUAUCAGCAACUCUGUGAAGAAAUCCUUGCAGUUUGUGGUUCUGGCUCUCAAAGUGUCACAUCUUUUCUCUCCACUGCAGUCAUACUCUUGAAGGAGCUGCAUGGAAGCUUGCAAAAUGUUUCUCCAUCUUCUGAAAAUGCGAUAGCAUCUCAGCAAACACAAUCUCACCCAGUUCUGUCUUCUUCUCAACAACUGCAAUCUCAGCCAGCCAAGCCAGUCCAAAAACCUCAGCCAGCAGGAGAAGAUGUUCUCAGCGUCAGCCAAGAUAAGACAAUUCAGUCACUAUUACAAUUUAUCAUUGGACUUGGUAUAUGUCCCAACUUGUUACCUGGUGUUGGGGUUUCCUUUGAACAACGCUCAGGAUACUCUGACAUUGUUAAACUCUCAAGCAGUGGAGCAAGUAUGUCUGUCAGAGAUAAGCAACGCUUUUUGUUUCACUCCGUUAAAGUUUUAGUUGAAAGCGCAAAACAUCCUGUGUUAGGAACCUUGAUAUUAUCCAGACAUUUGGGGGACAUUUUGGCAGCAUUACUGCAGAUGACAGCCGACAAAAGAGGAGCAGAAGAAGGCAGUGGGCAAAAUGUUUGUAAGGUGGUGACACCUGGUGGUAAACCUGCAGCAGUGACAUCUUGUGGGCAGAUCAGUACAGCGACACCCGCUGAACCAAACAUAUCUGAAGAACAGAAAGAACCUUUAUUAGGGCUUGAAGCAUUGGGUUCAGCAGAAAAGAAUCUGCAUAUUAACAGCAGUUUUGAUCUUGAAUCUGCCAGACAGGUGUGUGAGAGUCAUCUCCAGGAUCUAUUGACUCAUAUUUAUGAGCCGCUGCUAGUCCGUGAACUACUUGUGUUGCAGGGAAGCAUGCCAAGUAAGGAACAUAGCAAAGGGGCUGGCCCAGUACAAGUAAAAUCUCCAGUGUGGCUGCGGAAGAAGUGCAGUCGCCUUUUGUCUGAAAUAAUGACAAGGCCGCGAGGGGUUCAAGCCAUUAUAAGAGGAAUUCUCAGUGAAACUGCAGGUGGCGAUGAUUGGCAGAAGUGUGCUGUGGUUGGUCAGAUUAUUGCCAAACCUCCCUCUCAGGUCACGUCUGCUGAGGAGUAUUACAAAAUGGUGGCACCUCAGAUUCUAGAACUGCUGCACUUCAGAGACCCACAAGUUCAACGGCAGUUUCUCCGUGUCGCCUGCUGCACUUUGUCGGCCAUGAUGUUACAACAGCCUGAGUUGGCGCAGAGAUACUUGGUUCAGCCUGUCCUAAACCCACUGCUGCUCUGCACCCAAGAGCUGAAUCCAUCAGAAGGUCAAGUGGUGGUUUGUGAAGAGAAACUAACGGAGUGUCUUGAUGAUAUCUGUAAAAUCCUAGUGGUAGGUGGCGACCCCCAGUGUGGACUCUCAGAAGUUGUCCUGGAGCAGGUUCUGGUACCCCUGUUUGAGUUGCACUGCUACUGUCUGCAGGGGAUUUCACAUGUUAGGGCAGCAGUCAAAGCCCCAUUGCUUCACUACAUGAAAAGUGUGGAUCAGUCUACAGCAGUGAGAGUAUUGCACAUGUAUUCCUGUGGUAAGAACAAACAAGUGUCUGCUGACAUGAAUUGCCAUUUAGAAUUUUCGGCUGGACCUAACGGAGGGGUGAUGGUAGUGGGAACAGUCAGGGAGGAAGAAAAAGAUGAAUGGGAGCAGAUGAACAAGAGGAUAGCUGGAGUCAUGGACAUUUUAACAGAUCUUCAGCAAGAAGGACUUGUUGCAGCAUUCUUUAUUUAUCUACUACAGGAGCUGACCAGUAUCAUCUCCAAGAAAAUGGAGCCUGAUCAGUCUCCAGUGAAACCAGGCCAGGAGCUUCUCCGCCUGGAGCAGACGCGAGACAAGCAGACGGCGGAGCUCCUCUACAACCUGACGGUGCUCCAACUGGUGGCAGCCUUGAGUGAAAGCCUGGGUCAAGACAGCUUGAAGACCCCAAGGCACAUGUUGGAGUUUGUUAAGGUGUCACUUGAACGUGAAGCAAAGAGGCUUGAGCUAGAGGAUGAAGAUGAAGAAGAGCUUGAAGUAUUUGGGAAAGAGACCCUUUCUAUGGCUGUGGCCAUGUUGACCAUGAUGCUAGGAGGAGACCAGCUUUCUUCAGCAGACAAAGACUUCAUGAUGGAGUUUCUUCCUCUGCUUGACAACAUUGGCAGACGACACCCUGAUCCUUUUAUCCAAUCACUGGCUGGAGAUCUGCGAGUAACCAUAGCAACCAGGGGGAAAGUCUGGCUUGGGGAAAACAGCAAGAGCUUCCAGCAAGUGACAGAAAGGAUGGAUCAUGGAAAAUGCACAGAUGCAAGUGGGACUUCUGCUGUUAAAGUGGAGGAAAGAGGCAGAAAGGAGGACUCAAAGAAAAUGAUGCCAGGACCUAAAUUAGCAGGAGGCAGGAAACUUGUAGAAGAAAUUACCCAGAAGAAAACAGAUACUAAGGAUAAGAUAAAGAAUCGUAACCAUAGUAAAAACUCAUCGACUGAUUUAAAUUCAAAAUCCAGUGACAAAAUGACUGCUUCAUCUUCUACAUCUGAUGUUUUUGACACUGCUUUCCAGGAAUUAUUUGACCAUUUUAUCCCAACUAGGGGACAUGCUCAAAUUGUGUUGUCAAGAUUGCUCAAGGAAAGACACCCUAAAGCCAUGGAAAAAUGGGAAACACUAGCAAAAGUAUUCCAAGAGAACUUGGAUCACGAAGAUUCCUAUAUCUACCUCAGUGCAAUCCAAGGUCUGGCUUGUCUUGCAGAUACUCAUCCAGGCCACCUAGUGCCAGUUUUAGCUGCAAAAUAUGGGAAUUUCGAUGAUGGGCAAAUGGAGAAGGGCAGACAUCCCAAAGCUAGAAGUCCAGAGUUGCGGAUGAAACUUGGAGAAGUUUUGAUGAAAAGCACCAGGUGUUUAGGUGAUUUAGUCCCAAAGUUCAGAAAUCCUUUGCUUACUGCCUUUCUGUCUGGUGCCAAAGAUGGGGACUUCCUGAUACGAGCUAGUAGCCUGUCAAAUCUUGGGGAAGUUUGUAAAUUACUGAGGUUCUCACUGGGACCUGUGACUCAAGAGGUGCUGGCUUGCUGCAGCAGUCUGGCUAAGACGGACAACCAUGUUGAAGUAAGACGAGCCGCUGUGCAGCUGAUUACUUUGUUACUACAGGGACUGGGAGAAGAUGCAUUGAAGGUACUGGAAUCUGAACUUCGUGACAUUUACCGACUACUGAAACAUGUCAUGACAGUGGAAACUGAUGAUGUCAUAAAGCUUCACGCUCAGAUGGCUUCGGAAGAAUUGGAAACAACGAUGAAGUCGUUUCUCUUUCCUGAACAAACCUUUACCAAGAAAAUCUCUGUACUGGACCCACCCUAGCAUUCAAGAAAACAUGGUGGAUAGGGUGCUCUAGAUAAGUUUCAGAAACUGUGAAGCAUUGUUCUGGUGAGCUCGCAUUUGAAAGUCAGAAUGUGCUGGGUGUCCUAGAUAAUUUUUAACUUUUAUUUUUUAUCAAAAUUCUGAAUGCGCUUUAAAAUAAGGCAGUGAAAUCACCAUUUCUAACUGAAUCAUCCCACCACUUAUAAAAAAUGUUCUUUUUUUAUGUAAAAAACGAAAGCAAUAAAAAAUCAAUUGUGCAAAUA